AUGGUCAAGCCGUGGAACCAGUACAAGGACGACAUCACCCACUUGUACAUACACGAGCGUCGCACGUUGAAGGAGGUGCGGGAGAUCAUGAGCCAGAAACAUGGUUUCAAUGCGUCCAUCCGUUCCUAUCGUCAACGCUUCGACCAGUGGGACCUGCAAAAGUACAAGUGCAAGAGACGAACGGCGCGUCGGCAGCAGCAAGGCCAACAACCGCCACACGAUCGAAGGCAGUCGUCGGGGAGCGCGUCACCACCAUGGCCGUCGCCUCCUCAGACACCACCGACCUAUACCCAGCACGAAGGCCCUCCUCCUCACCUGAGCUUCCCUACGUCGGCGUACUAUUCUCCGCGCCUCGAGGCGUUCGAUGGCUUUCACAACGUCGAUGAGCGUCGAGCCGUACACCUGGAGCGGUAUGCCGGAUGCCGCAACGACCAGGAGGCGCCGACGCUGACCACGUUUGCGCACAGGUUUGAUGACUUGCCGCAAGCAUACACCUCGACCGAUUAUGGAUUCUUUCCAGACAUCCAGUCCAACCAAGGAGUGCUCGGGCGACCUUUCUGA